GAAUGGUUUUUAUUUUUGGCGAAGAAAUGAAGAACAGUGUUGGUAGGUUCAUCGCCGGAAGAGUUUCAACUAUACUUGGUAACUCAAUUUCACCUUCACCCUUGCGAUUCUAUAGCUCACACUCACCUCCUUCAUCUUCCAGCAAACUCUUUGUUGCAGGAUUAUCAUGGUCGGUUGACGAGAAAUCUUUGAAAGACGCCUUCUCUUCUUAUGGCAAUGUCUCCGAAGUGAGGAUAAUGUAUGAUAAAGAGACUGGUCGGUCAAGAGGCUUUGGGUUUGUCCAUUUUUCUAAUGAAAAUGAAGCCAUGUCUGCAAAAGAUGCUAUGGAUGGAAAGGCAUUGUUAGGUCGACCAUUAAGGAUAAGUUUUGCCCUUGAGAAGGUUCGGGGUGUUCCUGUUAUAGUCCCUCGUCUACCUCACACUUGAAUUUGCAAGUAAUUUUCUACUUUCUUACUUCUAUGUGAUUAUGGUAUCGAUGAACUAAUCAAUUAACCUGAUGAAGGAUAUUCAUUAAAAAUUGCAUUGUACUUCCUUUGAAUAUUUUAUGAAAUGAAAAAAGAAAGUGUUUUUUGAUACA